AUGCACGUCCUCAUCAGCGGAGCAGGCAUCGCAGGACCAACGCUCGCCUGGUUCCUCGCCCAAAUCGACGUCAAAUGCACCAUCGUCGAACGGAGCGAUGCCAUCCGCCCCUACGGCCAGUCCAUCGAACUUCAAGCCACCGCCCUCCAAGCUUUCAAGAAGACCGGACUAUGGGAGCAAGUCCGCCAACGCCACACUACAGAAAAAGGAACCCAAUUUGUUGACUCCUCCGGCCGAUCCUUCGCACACUUCCCCGUGCGAGAAGGUCUUCAGGCAAGCUUCACUUCCGCCUUCGAGAUCCUGCGUGGCGAUCUCGCAGAUAUCUUGUACCAGGCUACGAAAGAGCACCCGAAUGUUACAUACCGGUUCAGCACCACUGUCAGCCGUGUUCUCUCCAACGACGCCCACAGCGUGAAAGUUGAACUCAACGAUGGGAGUGUAGAGUCUUUCGACCUUCUCGUCGCAGCAGACGGACAAUGGAGCAAGGUAAGGGCGCAAGUUUUCGACCCUUCGAGUAUCACCACGUUCUUCAAAGGCAUGUACGGCGCGUACUGGACUAUCCCGCGCAUACCCGCCGACAACGACUGGUGGAACAUCUACCUCGCGCUCGGCCGGCGUAUCAUGGCGUUGCGACCUGAUCCCUAUGGCACGGUGAGGGUGUAUAUCACGUGUAUGCCUGGUCCGGCGCGAGAAAAGGAAUGGCGAGAAGUCUCCAGGGCAGACAGACAGACGCAGGAAGAUCUAUUGAAGAAAGAGUUCGCGGAUGCGGGGUGGCAGGCAGAGCGCUUCCUGGCUGGGCUCGACAAGGCGCCAGACUUCUACUUUCAGGUCGUUGAGCAGGUCCGCAUGGCGCACUGGUCGAACGAGCGCGUCGUGUGUCUUGGUGAUGCGGCGUAUGCGCCUACUCCGCUUACUGGGGCUGGCACUUCGCUCGCGGUAUUGGGGGCUUACGUGCUUGCGGGCGAGAUGAGCAAAUUGAAGGAUGGUGAGCACCCGUCCAGGGCACUGGACGCGUACGAAAGAAGCUUCCGCCCGUUUGUGGAGGAGACGCAGAAGAUUCCUAAAGUUAUACCUGGGGUAGCGCAUCCGAGGACAAAGUGGCAGAGGUGGCUGUUGGAGGCAUGUUUGAGUUGCGCGGCGUGGCUUUUGGGGAUCUCAUGGCUGGCAAGGUGGGUUGGGAGUGAAGAGGCGGAGGACAAGAGUUUCGCGCUGCCCAGAUAUCCAAAACUUGAGGGUUUGAAGGUGGAGUAA